AUGAGCUACGGCAAGAAGGACGAAGACGCCGAACUUGGGCUGGUCAAGGUCGACAGGACCCAGGUUUUCCAGGAAGCACGACUGUUCAACAGCUCCCCCAUCCAGCCGCGACGAUGCCGAAUCCUUCUCACCAAGAUUGCCCUCCUCCUCUACACGGGGGAGAAGUUCCCGACGAAUGAAGCCACGACCCUCUUCUUUGGCAUUUCGAAGCUCUUCCAGAACAAAGAUGCUAGCUUGCGACAGAUGGUCCACCUUGUCAUCAAGGAGCUGGCGAACUCGGCCGAAGACAUUAUCAUGGUGACGAGCACCAUUAUGAAGGACACCGGAGGCAGCACCGAGGCCAUUUUCCGCCCCAACGCCAUCCGUGCUCUGUGCCGCAUCAUCGAUGCUACGACCGUCCAGUCCAUCGAGCGUGUCAUGAAGACGGCCAUUGUCGACAAGAACCCCUCCGUAGCCUCCGCCGCUCUCGUUUCCUCCUAUCACCUCCUCCCGAUCGCCAAGGACGUCGUCCGCCGCUGGCAGAGCGAGACGCAAGAGGCCGCUGCCACGACCAAGUCGUCCAGCGGCUUCUCCCUCGGCUUCUCCUCCUCCCAUAACCAGCUCCCCGUCAACAACUCGACCAUGCCGCAAUACCAUGCCAUCGGUCUCCUGUACCAGAUGCGCAUGCACGACCGCAUGGCCCUCGUCAAGAUGGUGCAGCAGUUUGGUGCCGCCGGCGCUGUCAAGAGCUCGGCCGCCAUUGUCCUCCUGGUCCGUCUUGCUGCCCAGCUGGCUGAAGAGGACGCGUCUCUGCGCAAGCCCAUGAUGCAGCUCCUCGACGGAUGGCUGCGCCACAAGAGUGAGAUGGUCAACUUCGAGGCCGCCAAGGCCAUCUGCGACAUGCGGGAUGUGACCGACGCCGAGGUCUCCCAGGCCGUCCACGUCCUCCAGCUGUUCCUCACCUCGCCCCGCGCCGUCACCAAGUUCGCCGCGCUCCGCAUCCUCCACAACUUUGCCUCGUUCAAGCCCAACGCUGUCAACGUGUGCAACCCCGACAUUGAGCUGCUCAUCUCCAACAGCAACCGCUCGAUCGCCACCUUUGCGAUCACGACCCUGCUCAAGACUGGAAACGAGGCCAGCGUGGAUCGCCUCAUGAAGCACAUCUCGAGCUUCAUGUCGGAGAUUACGGACGAGUUCAAGAUCACCAUUGUCGAGGCCAUCCGUACGCUCUGCCUCAAGUUCCCCAGCAAACAGGCCGGCAUGCUUGCCUUCCUCAGCGGCAUUCUUCGCGACGAGGGCGGCUACGAGUUCAAGCGCGCCGUCGUCGAGAGCAUGUUUGACCUCAUCAAGUUUGUGCCGGAAUCAAAGGAGGAUGCGCUGGCCCACCUCUGCGAAUUCAUCGAGGACUGCGAGUUCACCAAGCUGGCCGUCCGCAUCCUGCACCUGCUCGGUCUCGAAGGUCCCAAGACGUCCCAACCGACAAAGUACAUUCGCUACAUCUACAACCGUGUCGUUCUCGAGAACGCCAUUGUGCGCGCCGCCGCCGUCACGGCCCUCGCCAAGUUUGGCGUCGGACAGAAGGACCCCGAGGUCAAGCGCAGCGUCGACGUGCUGCUCACGAGGUGUCUGGACGAUGUGGACGACGAAGUCAGAGAUCGUGCUGCUCUCAACCUCAGUCUCAUGCACGAGGACGACGAGCUCGCGACGCAGUUUGUCAAGAACGACAGCAUGUUCUCCCUGCCGUACUUUGAGCACCAGCUCGUCAUGUACGUCACGUCCGACGACAGGUCGACCUUUGACGACCCCUUCGACAUUUCGAAGAUUCCCGUCGUCACCAGGGAGCAGGCCGACGCCGAGGACAGGACCAAGAAGCUCACGGCGACGGCCCCCUCGCUCAAGCCUCCCAAGGUCGGCCCCACCAAGAGCGCGGCAUCGGGCGCCGAGGCGGCUGCGUCUGCCUCGGCGGCCGCGCAGCGGUACGCGCAGGAGCUCAUGGAGAUCCCCGAGAUGAAGGAGUUUGGCAGCGUGCUCAAGUCAUCGCCUGUCAUUGAGCUCACCGAGGCCGAGACGGAGUACGUCGUCACGGUGGUCAAGCACAUUUUCAAGGAGCACAUUGUCCUGCAGUACGAGGUCAAGAACACGCUGCCGGCGACGGUGCUCGAGAACGUGUCGGUCGUGGCGACGCCGGCCGAGGAGGAGGAGCUCGAGGAGGUGUUCAUCAUCCAGGCCGAGAGCCUCGCCACGGACGAGCCGGGCAAGGUGUACGUAGCCUUCCAGAAGGUCAACGGCGAGGGCUCGCUGCCCGUCAGCAGCUUCUCCAACAUUCUCAAGUUCACGAGCAAGGAGAUUGACCCGACGACGAACGAGCCGGAGGAGACGGGCUACGAUGACGAGUACGAGGUGUCGGAAUUUGACCUCGCGGGCAGCGACUACGUCGUGCCCGCCUUUGCCGGCAACUUCAACCACAUCUGGGAGCAGGUGGGCGCGGCGGGCGAGGAGGCGGAGGAGACGCUGCAACUGAGCGGCAUGAAGAGCAUCGCGGACGCGACGGACCAGCUGGCCAAGACGCUGUCUCUACAGCCACUGGACGGCACGGACGUGCCGGUCAACCAGACGACGCACACGCUGAAGCUGUUUGGCAAGACGAUUGCGGGCGGCAAGGUGGUGGCGAACGUGAGGAUGGCGUACUCGUCCAAGUCUGGUGUGACGACGAAGAUUACGGUGCGCAGCGAGGAGGAGGGCGUGGCGGCGCUGGUGAUUGCCUCUGUCGCGUGA